UAAGAUUUUACUUUCACUUCAAAAAGUCCAAUUUCCACUUCAAAACUUCAAAGGUAUGACUGGUGCACCAGAUACAAAACCGUUUCUUGCAAAAGGUUGAGUGAUGAUUAAUUCAAUUUUAAAGUAUUUUGCAAAAAGAUUUUAAAACGUUUCUAAUAUUUUCAGAAAAAGAAAUUAUCAAGAAAUGGAUGGCAAGGGUUUGCAAACUCAAGUCUUCCGACAUCAAAGUAAAAAAGGCACGAAAUGAGUUUUACAAGUACUUGAUGGAGCUGAUGAGAACGGCUUUAAAGCAUGAAAAAGAAACAGCUGAUGAAACAAAGACCAAGAAAAAGCAAAUGUCGUACAAGAGCACUUGGUCUCCUGAUAGAAGAACUUAUGUUGCAAUUCAACCACUGCCCAAUCAGGGUGCUCUGAUCUACAUGGCUUGCAACGCACGGCCAGAUUUGGGCUGGGAUGUUCCAGCCAAGAAGAAGCAUUAAAUUUUGAGAGCUGAAUUUAUAAGUAAAAUGAAAGUGGUGAGUGAAGAAAAGCCUUGCUAACUCUAGGAAAAUUUCUUAUCAGUUUCAACUCACGAAAAACACAAAACUGCUCACUGUCAUCUUGAGCAAUGCAAGAACAUGUCUUAACAAGUGGUAUACUACUAAAAGUGAAGUUAACUGUGAUGAAGCUAUUCCAAAAUUUUAGUGAGAGUGAUUCUGGUGAGUGUCGUGAUUAUCAAUAAAGUAUUUUUUAAAAUGUG